AACCACUUACAGUAUACUGGUUGUCGCUGAGAGUCUCCGUAAUCGCGUAAAAGGUGAAAUGUCGCACCAGUGUACAGACUGUACGGCUGAGAAUCCGACAAAUUGUUAAAUUUAGCUAUGAUGGGGCAUUUUUACCGUAUGCCGUUAUACACUUUCUCCGCUGAAUUUAUUUUCAGUUAUUUCUUCAAUUCUUUAUACUGCCGUCAUUUAUAUAAGUCUCAAUAAUAUAUUUUGCCUAUUUUACAGUUUGUUGGCAGUUUUCAUUCCGAGAAAUUAUUCAGCGCAAUUUAUAGGCAUAUUAAAUGAAUGUGUAGAACAAGGAAAGUGUAGCAUGAAAGCAGCAAUUUUUUCGUAAAAUUGUGAGUGGAAUCCACAUCUUUCCAGUAUGAAUUCCUCCAAUCUCACCACGUUCAAUACGACCGCAACACCGUCCUUAUACACCACCUACCGUGUCGGUCUGGCGGUGUGGUUCGGGGCCAUGAUGACCUUCUGCAUCGGUGGCACCAUUCUCAAUCUGCUGGUCAUGUCCAUCAUUCUCUCAACAGCCAAAUUACGCAUCGGUUCCGGGAUUCUGAUCGCCCACCUCCUGGCAGUCCUCACCUCGCACUGUGCCGUCCAUCUCUUCCUUAUCACCGUCUCCACCUACUGCUACGCACCUUAUUAUCCACUAAGUACACCUUUCUGUGUCUAUACAACGUGGAUGUACUACACCUGUAUUAACGCGGUCAACUGGUCAUCGCUGUUAAUCGGCAUUAACCGAUUCAUUGCCAUAUUCUUCCCCAUGAAAUAUUCAGUCUUGAUCCAGAAUAAAGUGAUUGUUGUGAUGAUUCUGAGCAUCUGGGCAGUGUGUUUCGGCUGCUCCACGCAGAUUGUUUACGGUCGUGCCGGUACCUACGGGGUCACGGCGCCAUGGGGGACGUGCGGAAUUACCAAACCGGAUGUGAAUUUCGCCAUUGUCACCAACGUCAAUGUCACGCUGCCGCUGACUAUUUUGGGAUUAUUGUACUUGGGGAUUUUUAUCGGAGUAGCCGUUAAAAACCGCCUGGAUCAGAGGCAAAUCCGUGCGGAGCAGAAAACAGUGGUUAAAAAAGGAGAUAAUGUCCAGACGCGAAGGUUAUUUGAGCGGCGAUACCGAAGCGCCAAGAUUCUCUUUGUGUCGUAUCUGUGGUAUGUGGCCACGUUAAUGCCGGCGCCGAUUGCUUUGAGCUUGUAUCCCGUUGCUUAUGUCAAACUUCCGCUGUUAUCACUAAUUAUUCGAGCUGUGUUCCUGGUUGGAUAUGCUACAAUUCCGCUGAUUUUUCUGAUGAUGAACGCGGAGUACCGUCGCAGAUUAAGAAGCAUAUGCAAAAUAUUCAACAAAUUCCUUGCGAAAGAUAAACAGCUCCCGGCUAUCAACCAAGAACGAUCCGCUGAGUUUGCUACCGUUGUGGCUUUAAGAAGUUCUGUUAAAUCUGGCAUGAAGUAUUACUGUAACGUACAGUCAGUCGCUGAUACAUCUUGCCGCGAAUUGCGACCAUUGCCGCGCUGGAGAUACAUGUUACAGCGAAAGCAGUGGCUAGCCGCUAGGAUGAUCUGAGCGCUCGAUUGUAGCGAUUUUGCGGGUAGAUGGAUAAAUUCGUGAUAUGGAUGGUCGUGUGUUAUGGCACUCUCCUUCUGACAAUCCGAGCUCAGAACAAUACCUCUCCACCACCCAGCUGCUUUCCGACAACGCCCAACCACUCCGAUCUGACUGGAGAAGCGCUGUACAAGCAAGAGCAGAAAGACUAUGCCACCUGGAUUCAGGCGCUAUCUGUUGUGGCUGCAGCGCAUCCCAACACCACCAUUGGUAACAGCACCGGGGUCUAUCUGAGCCGUAUACUGCAGUUACAGCAGGGCAGUAGCCUUGUGGUUGCCGUUGCCGCCGGGAAUCUGUCUAUCACACCGGGAAACUGUCCGGAUGUCGCUCUCAACAUCGUUAACGCCAUCGACACCAUUCUGCAGUCUGCCUCCAUAAAUCCGAUUAUUGGCUGGAAUUGCACAUCGCCGUUCACGUGCUGCGACCACUUAGAAGGCGAAGCAAAAUAUCAGUAUAUUCUCAACGAGCUGGGACUGACACUGCAAGUUACUUUAGUGGAGGGGAAGAACCACGCAUCGGCCGGGAAUACUGAGAAAUGGCUGCAGAACCUGAUCGACUUUUACCAUGGAUUAACUAUUCUACAGACGCUGCUUGGCCAGAAGGACUUUACGACUGCUAACUGGACCAUGUCCUGUGUGGCGACCGUUAAAGACGUCGCUCGGACGUUUUCUACAGCGCUAAGUUCAUUACAAGAUACAAACCCUUACCGGUAAUUACUGGCUUUGGUGUUUUGACCGGUCGAAUUAGCUAAGUUUGUUUAUAUACUGUAGUGCGUUUUCACGAAACAAAACUGCGUGAUGUGGUGGCCGUUUUAAUACAUCUUUCAAAUCCCAUACCAGUAUUUGGUCUUUCUACGCGGUGAUUAAUUAUCUGCAAUAAAUGUCGAAGAAUGUUAUACAUUACAAAAACUUAUAAUAUGUAUCUGCUAAAAAGAGAUGA